CAAAAGUCGCCGCGGUAGGACGGAACUCUCCCUGCCCGGGGAGUGUUUGCCAUUUAAAUAAACAGCGAGGAAAAUGGCGGAGUGUUCGGUGCGGGGAUAAAGGAGCCGAAGAAGCGGCGGCGGCUGAGACACUGGGUAGGAUGACCAGCACGCAGGACCACAAGGCCUUGUAGCUUUAGGUCUCCUUCGGCUCAGCUUCUGAUGUUUGUUGACAAUGAGUGGAUUAGGUGAAAACUCCUUGGAUCCUUUGUCGUCGGACACCAGGAAGAGGAAGCCCUCAUUGUGUGACACUCCUGGCCCCAGUCUGACCUGUAGCGGUGAGAAGAGGCGACGUGAACAGGAGAGCAAAUACAUUGAGGAACUGGCCGAGCUAAUCUCCGCAAAUCUCAGUGACAUUGACAACUUCAACGUGAAACCCGAUAAAUGUGCUAUCUUAAAGGAGACUGUCAGGCAGAUUCGCCAGAUCAAGGAGCAAGGAAAAGCCUCCUCCAAUGAUGACGACGUCCAGAAGGCUGAUGUUUCCUCUACAGGACAGGGAGUUAUCGAUAAAGAUUCCCUGGGGCCGCUUCUGUUACAAGCUCUGGAUGGUUUCCUCUUUGUGGUGAAUCGGGAUGGAAGCAUUGUGUUUGUGUCAGAAAACGUCACUCAAUACCUACAGUACAAGCAAGAAGAUCUGGUGAACACCAGCGUCUACAGCAUUUUGCAUGAUGAUGACCGAAAAGACUUCCUCAAAAACCUGCCCAAGUCCACCGUUAAUGGGGUCCCCUGGUCCAAUGAAGCCCCCCGUCAGAAAAGUCACACCUUUAACUGCCGCAUGCUGGUCAAGACUGCACUGGAUCACCUGGAUGAUGGCAACGGCGUGAUGGACCCACGACAGAGAUACGAGACCAUGCAGUGCUUUGCCCUCUCUCAGCCUCGUGCAAUCAUGGAGGAAGGUGAAGAUCUUCAGUCCUGCAUGAUCUGUGUUGCCCGUCGAAUUACAAAUGUUGAGAGGGCGUUCUCCUCCAAUCCAGAGAGUUUCAUCACCAGGCACGACCUCUCCGGCAAAGUAGUAAAUAUAGACCCUAAUUCUCUGCGUAACUCCAUGAGGCCCGGAUUUGAGGACACGAUCCGCCGCUGUAUCCAGAGAUUUCUGUGUCAUAGUGAUGGACAACCGUGGACCUAUAAGCGCCAUUAUCAGGAAGCGUACGUCCAUGGCCACUCAGAGACUCCGCUUUAUCGGUUUUCUCUAGCGGACGGCACAAUGGUCACCGCACAGACAAAGAGCAAAUUAUUCCGAAAUCCUGUCACAAAUGACCCUCAUGGCUUUGUGUCCACUCAUUUCCUGCAGAGGGAGCAGAAUGGCUACCGACCGAACCCCAAUCCUAUGGCACAAGGAGGUCGUCCACCUUUACAGUCAAAUCCUGCUCCCAGCAAUGCUAUGAAUGUCACGUCUGCUCAGGCUCCCCCACCACAGAACCGCAAUUAUGGUAUGGGGGAGGCCAACAACAUGACACCUAUGUCUGGCAUGAGAUACGGAUCAACUGGCAACAUGGGGCCUGUGUCCCAAGCUCCAGGAAUGCAGCAGUCCCCGUAUCAGAACAAUAACUAUGGACUAAAUAUGAGCAGUCCCCCUCAUGGGAGUCCAGGCAUGAGCAGCAACCAACCUAACCUGAUGUCACCUCGAAAUCGAGGAAGCCCUAAAAUGGGAUCCAGCCAGUUCUCCCCUAUUCCAGGGAUGAAUUCUCCUAUGGGAUCAUCUGGGAAUGCCGGUGGGGGCAGCUUUUCCAGCAGCUCGCUCAGUGCCCUCCAUGCGAUAAGUGAAGGUGUUGGCAGUUCCCUCCUGUCGUCUUUGUCAUCCCCUGGUCAAAAAGCAGAGAGUGCCUCCAACAUGAACCUGCCGCAGCAGAGUAAGAUGGGGAACCAGGAGUGUAAAAGUCCCUCUGGGUUAUUCUGUGAGCAAGCACAGGUGGAGAGUUCUGUGUGUCAGUCAAGUGGAAGAGAUAAUCUCAAUGAGAAGGAUGUCAAAGAAAACAUCAUUGAAGGCUCUGAUGGGCAGAGAGCACAGGCAGAAAGUAAGGGGCACAAGAAGCUUCUUCAGCUGCUGACCUGCUCUACGGAAGAACGUGGCCACAGUGCCAUGGGCAGCUCCAGCAUGGACUCCGGUUGUAAAGAUUCAUCAGCCAAUGUGACCAGUCCCUCAGGAGUUUCCUCAUCCACCUCCUCAGGUGUCAGCUCCACCUCUAACAUGCAUGGCUCCAUGCUACAGGAAAAACACCGCAUUCUUCAUAAGCUACUGCAGAACGGAAAUUCUCCUGCCGAGGUUGCCAAAAUCACAGCAGAAGCCACCGGCAAGGACAACUUCCAGGAGACUGUCGGCUCUGCACCUUGUACAGAAGCAACAGUGAAGCAGGAACAGUUGAGCCCCAAGAAAAAGGAGAACAAUGCACUGCUCAGGUACCUGCUGGACAAGGACGAGGGGAAGGAGACAUUAGCCAAGGACGUGAAGCCCAAAGUGGAGCCGAUGGACACUAAACUUGGCCAGUGCAGCAGCUCCACCGUCCCAAGUUCCAGCCAGGAGAAGGACAUAAAGAUAAAGACAGAGCCUGCGGAGGAGGUGACUGGAGACUUGGAUCACUUGGAUGCGAUUCUUGGUGACCUCGCAGGCUCUGAUUUCUACACCAAUUCUAUGAGUUCAAGUACAGGUAGCAUGGCAGCCAAACAGCCGAUGUUCCAGGACAAUCCACCCCUAGGCAUGAGGAGUCCGCAGAAUGUACAAGUCCCUCGGCCUCCCUUUAAUCGGGCAAUGUCUCUGGACAGCACGGUUCCAGGGAACUCCACCCCACCGGUCAGGAAUGUCAGUAAUUUUCCAAUGAUGCCAAAGCAAAGUAUGAUGGGAAGUCCGAGAAUGAUGGAUGCACAGGACAGCUUUCAGAUGAUGGGUAAUGGUCCCGGCAGGAAUAUGAGCCAGCAUCCAGGGGUGGAUUGGGCUAUACAGAACUCUGCAGUCAGCCGCAUGGAGCCCUCCAGCAGCGGUCAAGUUGGAAGGCAGGGGCCGGAGUACAACACAUCCAUGCCUAGGCCAACGAUGAGUGGAAAUAUGGCAGGGCUUCCAGCACGAUCCAACAGUAUUCCGGGCAGCAGGCCGGUGCUGCAGCAGCAGAUGAUGUCAAUGAGACCCAAUGACAUGCCAAUGGGAAUGAGCUCUAGCCCAUAUGGUCAAGCUCCUGGUAACCCUGCAGGCUCUUGGCCAGACGGCAUGAUGUCAAUGGAGCAGGGGCCGAACGGACCUCAAAACAGGCAGCUUGGCCGCAGUUCCUUGGAUGAUCUUCUGUGUCCUCCAUCAACUGUAGAAGGACAGACAGAUGAGAUUGCUUUGCUGGACCAGCUGCACACCCUCCUGAGCAACACAGAUCCCAAUGGGCUGGAAGAAAUAGACCGGGCCCUGGGGAUCCCUGAGCUUGUCAAUCAGGGCCAGACUCUAGAGCCCCAACAAGACUCCUUCCAGCGACAAGACUCCCCAGUGCUGAUGGAUCAGAAGCCUCCUAUGUAUGAGCAACCUUAUCCAGGGCAAGGGUCCACAAUGCAAGCUGGAGGCUUCAAUAGCAUGCAGGGACAGCAUGCACCAUUUAAUUCCAUGAUGGGGCAACAACAAGGAAAUUUCCCACUGCAAGGAAUGCAUCCAAGGGCAAAUCUUAUGAGACCCCGAACGAACAUCCCAAAACAGUUGAGGAUGCAGCUCCAGCAGAGGCUCCAAGGGCAGCAGUUUUUGAACCAAAGCAGACAAGCGCUGGAGAUGAAGGUGGAGAGUAUGAAUGCUGGUGGAGCAGGGGUCAUGAGGCCGGUGAUGCAGACACCAGUGGCAUCGCAGCAGGGAUUUCUGAACGCUCAGAUGGUCGCCCAGCGGAACCGGGAACUGUUAAGUCACCAACUCCGCCAGCAGCGACUGGCCAUGAUUAUACAGCAGCAGCAGCAGCAAGGGCAGUCCCAGGGGUUCAGUCCUCCACCCAAUGUCACUGCUGCAGCCGGUAUGGAGAAUCCAAUGGGUGGGCCGCCAAUGCCUCAAGCCCCUCCUCAGCAGUUCCCCUACCCACCCAACUAUGGAAUGAAUCAGCAGGCUGAUCCCACGUUUGGAAGAGUUUCCAGCCCCCCCAUGAUGGCAUCUAGAAUGGCUCCUUCCCAGAACCCCCAUUCACAGAGCACACAGUUGUACCAGUCGCCAGACAUGAAGGGGUGGCCUUCAGGAAAUAUGGCGCGGCCCAGCUCAUUCCCCCAGCAGUACGGGCACCAAGCCAACCCGGGCACAUACAACAUGAUGCACAUGAACAGUAAUGGCAGUCACAUGGGCCAGAUGCAAAUGAACACUUUGCCGAUGUCCGGGAUGCCGAUGGGGCCUGAUCAGAAGUACUGCUGACGCAGCCCUGUCCUCGACCGAGGCUGAAUUAGAGAUGAGUGACUGUAUGAAUAUGUUCCUACUUCAGCCUUACCAAGGACUCAAUUCUCCUUUAUGUCCUGUUUUAGAGUCUGGACAGAGCCACGGUUGUGCUGGAGAACUGUGAAUCUGACGGUAACGUCCUCACAGGAGCCGCUGCAGUCGGUUCAUUAUAUUUUUGAGGUUCUGAAAGUUUUAUCCCAAAGCACCUGGAACAUUCUUUUGUGAUUCCUGCGUCUUUUGUUUUUGGAAUUGAUUCCUAUAAACCUUUUGUGACUUCUGUUAACGAGGACAACCGUGUUAAUCUCGCCAUGCAGUAGAUUUGCACUUUACGACUGUUUGGAUUCCCCCAGAUUUUUUUUUUUUUUCAGUCUACUUUAAAUAUUGAGGUUGCAAUAGUCUCAAGGUCCCUGCAGUGUGUAAGAAGCGCAUCCGGGAAUUCAGCUCGUCUCGCCCCUUUCCCUUUGUGUAAACAUUUUGUAUAUACGAAGAUGAGACAUUAUUAUUGUAUAUUAAUUUUUCUAGGUCAGUGUCUGUUUCGUUUGUUCUGUUUUUGGUUCUGAGCUUCUAAAGCUGCGUAUUUAACCCUGUAACUGCCAUAGGUCUAGAGCACCUCAUGAGAUAAUUAGUGGCUGCCGUCAGAUACCGACUUAACGACCCAUGGGGAUGAUUUCUGGUUUCUUCAGUGUUCCAUCUGAGGUGAAUACAGCAAUAUCCUUGUGUCUUGUAUGUUACAGGUCUCAGCUUUGUUACAUGUUCAUCGGUGUGUCCCUCGUCUGCUGUGCCAUUUCCACAGUAUAUUUCCCACAGGUCAGACUGAACAACACAAGUUAAUUCAGUAAGGAAACCCCUGUGAUCAUAUGACCGCUCUGCCGUGGGAAGUCAUGUCACUUUCAUCCAUGAGGAGCGAUGGGGCACUUAUAGUGGAUGAAAUUCUAUCUUCCAUUUAAAACUAAAUUCAAUCAUACAUACAAGUAUAAUAUCUGAGCUUUCCCAGCAAUCACUAAUAACCUCAUACACUACCCCACGCACCAGAUUUAGGAAAAGGGGUCAGAAUACAUGUUUUGUUGUUGACUGAAUGCUAUCUUGCAGACAGCAGUAAGAGUACAUCUUCGUACACAACCGAAGGCAAUCUAAGCUCCUGUAAGUUCUACAACUUUAUAAUGUUGCUAUAAAGAAAAAUGCUGCCAUUGACUGACAGAAAGCAGGAGCUUAAAAACCUCCGCUGACCUAGCUUGCACAUCCCAAAGUUUGUUAGUGUCUCAGAACUUUUGUAAUUAGCCCAUCAGCUAUGUUCAAAACAAGGUAAGGUUGGUUUUCAGUCUGACGACAAGCAGAGUUCUUUGAACUGGUGAAGAACAAACACAAAGUCCAAGUUGCAGUUAUACAAUGAUUUCGGAUUUAUUAACGUAGAACUGUACCUGGCCAUAGAAAAGUUUUUUAGUUUUUUUAAAUAACCAUUGUAGACAUCUGUGCACUGGAUCUGGAUCAGUUAUAGGAGUGAGGCGGCUCUCAACCCAUGGAAACUGUUACAUUCAGGUGCUACCAGUGUUGACUGCCUGUCCAGCUGCCACCUGCUGGAUGAAUGUGCCACGGUCUCACUAUCUCUCUAAACAUUCCUUGGGGUUGCCCCCAGUUUAAUUACAGCCUUUGAUAUUCUCCAGUGGGACAUUGUGCCGUCAAGAGCUGUUCUGGCCGCUCCAUGGAUUUGCUCAGUCUUCCUCUGAUAUUUUGUAGAGAUCUUAUUCAUGUAGCUGCUUUGUGCUAUUUUUUUUUAAAAAUUUUAUUUUUAAUUUUUUUUUGUCCCACCUGUUCUGUUUCUGCUAUUAGUUUAGGGGGGCACUUGUUUAUCAAGCAAUAAUUAAUCCUUUCCUCCCGUGCCUUCCCAAAUGACAACCCCCUAUUUUCCCCAAAUGUGUUGCCAGAGUUGACCGGUCAGGGUAUUGUACUGUCAGUAGAGAUGAGCAGUUGGCGAGGGGUCUCCACCAAAUUUCUGCAACACGAGAAUGAGCCUAUUAAAUGUAAUAAUCUGUACAAUUGUAUAUUUUACAUUUCUGUGUAAUAAAAGGCUUCGUGUCUGGU